AGGACUUUCUUCACAGAAAGGGUGAUUUGCCACCGGAACGGGUGGUGGAGUCCCCUUCCCCGAGGUGUUUAAGGAGAGGCUGGGUGUGGCACCCGGUGCCACGGUCCGGUUGACAAGGUGGUGUUCGAUCACAGGCUGCACUCGAUGGUCUCAGAGCUCUUUUCCAACCGCACUGAUUCUGAUUCUAUGAUUUAUUUCAGAGUUGCACAAGCCCAGGCGCUGGCUGGCAGCGGCAUUAAUGUUCCCCGGCACGGUUUAGCGCUAGUUACGACUCCCGGCGCACCUCGGAGCCCCCCCGCCAUGGCGUCCGGCACCGCCCUGACGUCACUUCCCGGGCCGGGGGCCGCCCCUGCCGGCCGCGCUCCCCAUGGCGGCGGCGGUGGCGGGGGCUGGAGGGGCGGGCGGCGGCGGCGGCGCCUCGGCGGCGCUGGGCGACGGCGGCGCCAUCGACUACUCGGUGCACGAGGCGUGGAACGAGGCCACCAACGUGUACCUGCUGGUGGUGCUGGCCAGCCUCGCCCUGCUCGUCUACGCGCGGCGGAACAAGAGGAGGAUCAUGCGCAUCUUCACCCUGCCCCCGGCCGCCGAGACGCCGCCCGAGCCCAACUUCUACGACAGCAUGAAGAAGAUCCGCCUGCGGCAGCAGCUGGAGAUGUACUCCAUCGCAAGGAAGUAUGAACAGCAGCAGCAGCAGCCACCAAAACAGACUGAAAGCGUACAGCUCUCAGUGGAAUGAAGCCCACAGUUCUGUAGGAACUCAGGACGUAUAUCCAGUGCUGAUUUUAAGAGUCAAUGUGGAGCUAUUUUCAGUGCUUUUUAAUUGACACACAGCUGAAGGCAAGGGGGAAACAGAGGGGACUGUCCCUAAAAGUUUGUUCUUAGCAGCUUUUCUCUGAGUCCUCGUGAGGUAAAGCAAGUGCCCGCUGGAACAUUCAGCAUGAAAGCACCCAGCACAGGGCAAACCUGCUCAGAGGAACCUGAGGGUAGGGAAGUGCAGUCUUAGCAAUGUCUGAAAUUAUUUCUCUCUGCUAGCACCUUGGAAAUCAGCUCCUACCUUCUCUGGCAACAGCACCCUGGAGAAAGCGAGGCAGUACCUGUCUGCCUGGAAAGCCUUGUGCUCCUUGAUGACGAGUUGUUGAAUUUGCUGAAUACAGUCAGUAAGUGUGAAUGAAGGCACUGUGGCCCUACUGCCUGGUGAAGGUGAAGCUUUGAGAGCCCAGAGUGUCACUGGUGGUAGUGCAGAAAAUUCUGCUCUCUGUUUAUCUGGGAGUUGUGUAUGCAAUACUGUGAACCUUUCCUGGCGAAACUUUGAGAAGUACACAGUGAACUGCAUGUCUAGAAGACACUUAAAGCCACUACUCUAAUGUUAAUAGCAAAGGUGGUUAGCUCAAUUUAGCCAAAUUGCUGUAAAGAAUGGGUCUGUCUGUAAAAAUCGGUAUAAGCAGGUCAUAGCUUGUCCAGGAGAGACUUCACACUGCAGUUACUUUUUCUUUCUAGGUAAAUCUCAAAAUCAGUUAAUUGAAAGGAUUCUGCAGAAAUUACUUUUUAAUAAAAUCAUCUAAUCAUGAAAACUA